GCUGGCUCUGCCAGGAAGAGCCGGACGCCACAAAAGAACUUUGGGAGUUCGGUGCCUCUGUCAUUAGGCAGUUACUCUGGUAGCGCGUUUAUUCGGCGCGGUCCCUCUGCUGAGAGAAGACCCGCUUCCUUCCGAUGCCCUAGACUGCCGUUUGUUUAGCUGGAGAACUUAAUGAGUAAUGAAUGUGCUCGUCUGGCUGAUAGAAAGUAUUUCCACAGCCUGCGGCUGUGUUUAUAGAGAGCCGGAGAGAGACCACAGGCAGCAAUUUGUCUUCUUAGGUAUCAGCAAAGUCUUUUCUUUUAACAACUACAGGAUUUAUUUUUAACUGCUUGACUCAGUGUUUGUCAGAUGAUUCGGACCAUCAAACUGCAGAUGGAAGUACCCAGCGCGCGGGGGAAGCUGGAAUGGCAAGGGGAAGGGGGCUGGCUGGGAAAAGGGGUGGGAUUUCAGCAUCGUGCCUCCGGGGCUCUGCCUCCCAAUGUGGGAGAGAGUUUAGGGCUUCCAGCGGCAUGAGUGUAUUUGCAGGUCAGGCUGGGAACUAAAGGGGAAUGGCUGCCUUCAGCUGCUUAAAGACAUAAUUGCCCAGUGAUUGGGGUCUUGUGAGGAGGAACCCAGGACCCAGGAUCCAGGGACCGGGGACCAGAGUGUGCUGAGCGCUGGUCUCUGCUGCGCGGCAGAUUGCGCUUUGCUCCUGCUUGAUGCUGCCUGUCUCCAGAAGCCUCUCACCAUGAUCGAUAGCUCCAAGAAGCAGCAACAGGGCUUCCCAGAGAUUUUAACUGCUGGGGAUUUCGAACCAUUAAAAGAAAAGGAAUGCCUUGAGGGGAGCAACCAGAAAAGUCUCAAGGAAGUGCUCCAGCUGAGACUGCAGCAAAGGAGGACAAGGGAGCAACUGGUGGACCAGGGCAUCAUGCCACCUUUGAAGAGCCCAGCUGCAUUCCAUGAGCAGAUAAAAAGCUUGGAACGAGCCAGAACUGAAAACUUUUUGAAGCAUAAGAUUCGGAGCCGACCAGAUCGUUCUGAACUUGUCAGGAUGCACAUUUUAGAAGAGACAUUUGCAGAGCCGUCCUUGCAGGCCACUCAGAUGAAGCUGAAAAGAGCUCGACUAGCUGAUGAUCUGAAUGAAAAGAUUGCUCAAAGACCUGGUCCUAUGGAGCUGGUAGAGAAAAACAUCCUUCCCGUAGACUCCAGUGUUAAGGAAGCAAUUAUAGGCGUUGGGAAGGAGGACUAUCCUCAGACUCAGGGCGAUUUCUCAUUUGACGAAGACAGCAGUGAUGCCUUGUCUCCAGACCAGCCAGCCAGCCAGGAGUCACAGGGGUCAGCCGCGUCCCCAAGUGAGCCAAAAGUUAGCGAAUCUCCGUCUCCUGUGACUACAAACACUCCAGCCCAGUUUACUUCAGUGUCCCCAGCAGUUCCUGAAUUCUUGAAAACUCCUACUACGGAUCAGCCCCCCACCAGGUCCACAGCUCCUGUCAUCCCCACGAACACUGUGUCCUCAGCAAAGCCUGUGCCAGCGCUGGUAAAGUCACAGAAGAACCGCACAAACUUUGGUCUCCAUGAAACUCCCGGAACUCUGCAGAAAGGCUUUAGGAUACAUUUUAUCAGCAGUUCCCAAUUCUGCCACCAUCCAGGCUGCCAAGAUGAAAGAAACACUGGGAGUAGAGUGAGAUGGGGCCGCUGUAGCACAACGCUGGGGAGUCAGGAGCCUCACAAACAGAUGUCUUUAAUGGUUAAAGGCUUUAGACAAGCGGCUCCGUUUUUUGAUUUAGCAGAUCUGGCCUGUCGAAGCUUGGUUUGUUCUCCAGAUAAGCUGCAGAUUGGUGGCACCGUUCCCUACAUUUUACUGGGUGCAAAUAAUCCAGUUAGAACAAGCCCCAAGGAAGAUCAAAAUCCGCCACUCAACGACAAAAAUAACAACAGUGGGAAUUCAGCUCUGAACAAUACCACACCUAACCCUCCAAGACAGAAUACAUCUGCUCCUGUGAGAAAGCCGGGACCUCUGCCUUCUAGCUUGGAUGACUUAAAGGUGUCGGAACUGAAGACAGAACUGAAGCUAAGGGGUCUUCCGGUGUCAGGCACCAAACCGGACCUCAUCGAGCGCCUGAAACCCUACCAGGAAAUGAACAGCAGCGGCGUCGCGGCGGGGGGUGUCCUGGCGGUGCCCGCGUCCGCCAUAGUCACCAGUAGCCCCGACGUCACCGUGGCCCUGCCCGUCACAACACUGCACAACCCCGUGACGAGCUCGGGCUCCUCCUUCAAGGCAGAAGUGCCACCGGCCGGCACCGGCACCGUUGCCCACGCCGAGACCGUCAGCUCCCCUCUGCCCAUCUCGCCGUCCCCCUCCGAACAGUCCAGUCUCGGGACCGAGGACACUCUCACCGAGAUUAUGACCAUGAUGUCGCCGGCGCAGUUCCUGUGCUCGUCCCCUCUGCGAGUCACAGGCCCCGAUGACAGCCCGAGCCCCACCAGCAGCACGCUGUCGAGUCUGGAACUGGACGCGGCUGAGAAGGACCGCAAGCUGCAGGAGAAGGAGAAGCAGAUCGAGGAGCUCAAGAGGAAACUGGAACAAGAGCAGAAGCUCGUGGAGGUUCUGAAAAUGCAGCUCGAGGUGGAGAAGCGAGGGCAGCGGCAGCCUCCGCCGAUGGAGACGCAGGUCGGCGCCGCGGCCGGCCCGGCAGCCAAGUUAGACCAGAAGCUCGGCGGCGGCUCCAUCAAGGACGAGACCUCGCCCAGCGACUGCUCCGCCCCCAGGCAGCCGGGCCCGCCGGCCAGCCAGCCCCUGGCAACGGUGGGCCAGGCCCUGGCGGCCAAAAAGGCGGUGGUGAUCAAGCAGGAGGUCCCCGGGGCGCAGGCGGAGCCGCAGAGCGUGGUGCCGCAGUUUUACGUGAGUUCGCAGGGACAGCCACCGCCUGCCCUUGUCGCUCGGCCUCAGGCUUUACUGACCACGCAGACGGCCCAGCUGCUGCUGCCACUGUCCAUCCCGGGCUCCAGUGUCACCUCAGUGCAGCUCCCCGUAGGCAGCCUCAAACUCCAGACUCCAGCACAAGCAGGAAUCCAGACUCAGCCUCAGACAGCAACUGCCACCCUGUCCUCAGGCUUAGCCCAGACUGUACCUCAGAAGCAAGACACUUUCACGCCGCAUGUACUCAGUCAGCCUCAGCAAGUUAGAAAGGUCUUCACAACCUCGGCAUCGAACACCGUUCUCCCCUACCCGAGAGCACCCGCUCCAGCAGUCCAGCAGCCCUUUGUCAGUAAGACGCCCACCAGCGUUCUGCAGUCCAGAAGUGCCCCACGUGCCUCCCUGCAGAACGGACCUACCACUUCCAGUAAGCCUGGCUCGCCCCCGCCACCCCAGCAGUGUGUCGUCCAGCACUCCCUGUUUGGGAGUCCGGUCCCCAAGACGAAAGACCCUCCCCGCUACGAGGAGGCCAUCAAGCAGACGCGUAGCGCCCAGUCCUCCCUUCCAGAGAUUUCCAAUGCACACAGCCAGCAGAUGGACGAUCUCUUUGAUAUCCUCAUUAAGAGUGGAGAGAUUUCCCUCCCUAUCAAAGAGGAGCCUUCGCCUAUUUCCAAAAUGAGACCAGUGACAGCCAGCAUCACCACAAUGCCAGUCAACACAGUGGUGUCCCGGCCACCACCACAGGUCCAGAUGGCACCACCCAUCUCCUUAGAACCCAUGAGCAGUUUAUCUGCCAGCUUAGAGAACCAGCUGGAAGCUUUCUUGGAUGGCACUUUACCCUCGGCCAACGAAAUUACUCCACUACAAAGCAGCAGUGACGACAGGGAGCCCUUCUCUCUGAUCGAGGACCUCCAGAACGAUCUGCUGAGUCACUCGAGCGUGCUGGACCACUCACACUCCCCCAUGGAGACUUCCGAGGCCCAGUUUGCUGCCAGCACCCCAUGUCUGUCACUUGACCUUUCGGACUCAAACUUGGACAACAUGGAGUGGCUGGACAUUACCAUGCCUAACACGUCAGGACUCACUCCCCUCAGCACGCCCGCUCCCAGCAUGUUCUCCGCUGACUUUCUAGAUCCACAGGACCUGCCCUUGCCGUGGGACUAACAUCACAGAUUGUCCUUCGAGUCCAUGACGUUUAAGAAGAUGAAGAUCAUUCUCAAAGGUCAGGUUUUAGAGACAGAUCCAUAGUUGCAUUGUUGCAAUUACAAUAUGUUGUCACGGGAAGAAGGGAUAGAUGGUCACAGCCUGGAAACCGAGUGUGAAAACAUUUCACUGCACUGAGGCAGUGAAUUUCUACAACUUAACAUAGCACAGGGCCUUCUGAAAAAUCACUGGUCAAAGAAGACUCACCUGUUUCUCCAGACUUUGGCAAAGAAUGAAUAAAGACAGAAGAGUGACAUGUGCAGGAGCGUGACACGAGGAUGCUCUGGUCAUCAACUGAACUACACUUACGCCUCUGCGGUCACCUUAAGACCCCACCUACAAGGCAGACAGCUCCACUCCCUACGAGAGUGCCCGUGGCGGGAGGUGAGCGGCCCCUGCAUGCGGUCUGUCCUAGAACAGGCCGGAGCCGGGCCCCGGGCAGCAGAGGCCAUGGAGGGCGCCCGCCCGUUCCCAGACAGCUUGCAGCUGCAGACUUCUGCCUCCGUUCGGAAACCAACAUCGUUUUCCUGUGUCGUAGUUUGUGAUUUGGGGAAUCUUACCGUAGCUUCCCACAUUUAAAUUGAAGUGGAAGAUCUUUCACUGUCACCUGAUGUCUCCAAAAUACUGUCCUUUUAAACCAUCCACUGUACAAAGUCCACGUAUACUGAUAACACUGAAAAUUCUAUUAGCGACCCUCGGGGUUGAUUAGAUGGAUUUUAAUGUGUAUAUUAGACAUUUGUAUGUACACUCUGACAUUGUGGUAUGUACAGCCUACAUUGGGGUAAGGAAUUGGGUAUCCAGUGGUCCUACUUGUUUUAGUAACUCAACUAUUUCUAGAGUACUUGAGCCAUGUGUAUUUCCAUAUUUAAAGAAAUGCCGACUGAUUUCAGGUAACCAGACCCAUCUCAAAGAACCAAGGAAGGCUUUAGUGUAAAAUACCCUUCUGAGCUGUUGAGUUGCAAAGAGAGGGCAGAGGAGAAGUGUGCCAGGAGCCCCGAAUGUUCCUUGCAGGGGCUCCGGGUGAGAAUCUCAGCGGGCUGGCUGCCGGGCCCCAGCUCUGGCCGCCUCUUCUCAGCCGUUUUCCCAGACGGUCAUUUUUCAGGCUUGUAACUGGAUGAUAUACCCGAGCUCUCACUAGAUUAGCAAGCCGAAGAUAGAAAAACUGGAGGUUUUACUAGUCAUUGUUUUAUAUAGAAAAGAAGUUAUCACACAUUUGCUGAGUAGUUUAAGAAUUUUUUAAAAUGCCAACUAUCACAGGACUUCCAAAAUUAUUUCAGGCUAGUCAUUUAAGGAUAUGACAAAAUGUAAAUAACUGAAAGAAAAAAAAAAAAAAAAACCUAAAUCUACCAAAAAAGUGUGAAGGUGUUUGUUAAAUAAUAUUAUCACGCUCUACACCUCACUUCGUGUAAACCCGAGGGUCAGGUUGCUUUCUCUGGGUCCUUAGAUGGUGAUAUUUCCACAGUGACAUGAAAGAGCCAACCUGACCCAUUAUUCGGAAAGAAUUUGGGCAUCACUGCUGGGUUUGCGCUUUGCCUAAGAGCUGAUCUUACUUCAUAUCUUUAUCUUGGUUUGUAGAUUUUACUCCAUGUAAGGAAAGUUUGUUUUUCCAGUAUUCAGCCGCCCAGAACACUGGAGCCCUCUGUUAACUGGCAUUUCCCAACUUGAAAGACUUUGGAAGGGUUCAGGGCAGAAGCGGUUAUGCUCAGUGUGGUCUGAGGGAGUAGUUUAAACGUUUAGAAACUGGUUAUCCCACGCCUGGAAUCCAGUAACCUGGUUCAGCACAACGCCACCAUGUGAGCCAGGCCAAGAGAGUGUGUCACCCCAGGUGGGACGGGCGACCCCAGUCCGUCCCUUCCAGAAGGGCCUGUCUCCGGGGACAGGGCUGUCUACUUGGGCAGGUACUGUCUGAGGGUGGUCUUGGCCGUGGGUUUUUGUCUGGGGCUUACCUCCUCCACACGUGGACUCGUAGGAGGCAAGUGACCAGCUAGCGCUGUUGACUCUCAUGGACUUUGUAUUUCCACCAGCCUGAGUUACGCACCGAGAUGCUUUCCUCGCCCUCGGCUCUCCCGUUGCUUUUUCAAAACAAGGUCUGAAACGUGCCACAGGAAGGGUGCUGUCCAAAAAUACACACUUGAGUGCAGAGAAUGCCAGCCCACUAGCCUGCUUGCUUUUGACUAGGAAUUGCUGAAGUACCCACUUCACACAUGGGUUCAAACCCUUACAUACAGGGCUUCCUCGAAAGGGAGGGCCAGGAGCCUCCCGACCCGAACUCCACCAGCCCCCCACUCGCACCAUUCCGCCGCGCCCUCCCGUCCUGGCUCGGGCGACAGCCCGCGUGGCAGGGAAGCCACCGUCCGGGGUCCCAGCUCCGUGUUCGAGGUUAGCGUGAGGACGCAGACGUGUGCAGCAGGUGACGUGACCAAAGACAACGCUGUCAUCGAGGCCCCUCUGACCUGACUCACUGUACACAGGGUAAGCGGUGGGAAAGGCGUGCCCCACAGAGGACUAUCUUUAUUGUCACAGCCAUAAAGCACAGGGCAGGCCGGCCGGGAUGCAUGCGUGUAGUGUAGACGUGGGAGUGUGGUCCGCCGUCUUGCAGAACAUCAUAUUGCCAAGGCAAGAACCAGCUCCUGGACAUGCGCCCUCCCGUCCAGUCUGACUUCCCUGAAUGUUCCCGAAACACCGCGCAUCGAGCUUGCCUCUCUAGGGUAUGCAAGUACCAGCUCGUGUGCUCCGGGGCGGGAUGCACGGAAAGCCCAGAGCUUCUCCGGGCUUUGCGAGUCUAGGGGCCUGGGGUCACCUUGGAGAUUUCAGCAGCGCAUGUCUAGGGAGGCCCCUCCGGCGUGUUGCUGGGGGUUCGCGUGCUAGCGUUCUUCCUGAAUUGUGCAAUCUACUGUACAGUAUUGGCCACAUAUUUGUACAUAGAUAUAUUCUCAAUUCGUGGGAUUUCUUGCUCAGAUACUCUGUGUUUUAUAGGACUAUUUUUGUAAUGCUAGAGAGAUCUUAUUUAAGUUUCCUUUUUAAAAACUGCCCGGUUCUGUGAUCCAUGUAACUGACACUUUAGGAAGUGCGAUUUCGGAAGGCAGUCUGGUGCAGCCCCGAGUGAUGUGUCGGCAGCAUGUCACCCAUUUGGUCACCACAGUGGACUCAGGCUUCCUCUGCCCUCCCCCCCCCCCAGAUCAUUCCAGGCCACCUCGCUUUCUUCGGCGCCCGUUCAGAAUUCCCAGGCUGAAACCAGCCACACAGCUGUCCCCACAAGUGAUGGGACAGUCCCUCUCCCAUCCCCAGACAGGCUCCUGCCGGCGGUCACUUUAGAGAGGGACGGCCCGUUUCUCCGGAUCCACACAGAACCCUCCCUGUUGGGUCACCCCUCUCCGCACACAUGCAUCCUCCUGACCCCUGGCAACAGAGCAGACUACCGAACUGUCCACUGCCCUGGAGGCCACGGAAUUAGCCCAGGUGAUCCAAGCGCGUUAACUGGAAGGGCAGCUCCGUCGAGGAGCACAGCUUCCGAGGGCAGGUCUGUGUGUUUGGAGAGCAUCCUAACUGCGCUUCGGCUCACCUUCUAAGUGGCUGUAGUCCCCACUGGAAAAUAACAAGACGCGGCCAUUCUUUGCCCUGUCUCCAACCCUGCCGAUGCGCAGGUCUGUCCGGGCCACCUUUUCCAUUUGUGAAGUGACUCUGCCUGCAGGACCACAAGGAGGCCCCCGUGUGCUCCCCGUUCACCCCUCCUCGCACUAUCCGAGGAGUACGUGCGUCCCCGCAGAGGCUUUCUAAGCCGCGAUCUCGGAUUCAAGGCCCGGGCGCCACCCAGCUGCCCGUGUUUACAAAAGAGCGCUUCCCCCUCUGCACUAACACAUAGCUCUGUGAAUCGUGACCAGGAACUGUCACCGUUCUGUGACAGCAGGAUGGCAAUCUCAGACCAGAGGUGCCGUCUGGAAUCUAAACAGGUCAUUGGCGAUAAUCAGUACAGCUAGUCAUGUUCAACAGAGCUUUGUGCCAACUACUAAGAGAAAGCUUUAACCAAGUUCAUAGAAUCACCGCGACUCAUAACAAUUACCUCUCGACAUUCUGCUGUAAGGAAACUUGCUGACUGGGGACGAGGAGGGAGCAUUUAGGAGAGGGUUUAGUAUCUACCAAAAGUACUUAACCUCAAGUAACCAAGAGUAAUGCAAACUUGCUUUAAAGGAACCAAAGGCAUUGCCAAGUAUUUGCCAAAAGGAGGCACUUUUUAUUUAAAAUUUGAGACUAACGAGAUCUCAACAGUCAGUCCCAAAAAGGUAUUACCCAUUUAAGGUUAUAAUUUUCACAAAGAUGUAGAUACUUCUCUGUUGUUUUCAUGUAAAAUAGUAUAGAUUUGUUUUGUUGGUUUAAGAAUAAUACAUAUUUAGUAGUAAUACAGAGCUUCUUCCUAAGUGCAGAUUAGUUUCCUUUUCUCUUGCUUGCAAUAGAAACACAGCGUGAUAGGUGUUUCUCUUCUUAUUUUCAUGGUCACAUUAUGUCUUAGCAUCUCACUUUAUGAAAACAAGGAGAAAGAUACCAACCUACAGAGCCCCGCUUACUAAAGCACUAGCUUAAUAAACAAAAAAAUUAUGGCAAUCGGGGGGUCCAUUCAUGUAUUGCCUUUAUGUUGUUUUUUAAAAGAAAACCAUGAUGCCUUUGUAUUUGCUGUUUGCACCCCUGAAAUCAAUUCCGUAUCAUGUCUGAAUGCCAUACAUUUUGCACAUGUACUGUACAUAGUAACGCAUACUGUAUUUUUAUAUGUGUGCACAGUUAUCAUCAGAUCUUUUGUACAUAGUGGCAGUAUUGUAGCCGGUCGGGAAACGUUUGAUAUCUCAGCAAUUUUGCAUUUUUGUGUCUCAAAUAAAAAACAUUUUGAUGUA